AUGGGGGCGUCUACCGCGAGGAAGACAUGCCUCGCCGUCGUUCCGCUCGACGGGGGCGUUGACUGCGAGGAGGACCGGCCUCGCCGGCUGGAGGUGGAGGAGCCGCUGGCCGUCCACGACUGGCGAAUCGAACCGAAGCUGGCGAACAAGUGGUGGGACGAAGGGCGGCUGGGCCUCCCGCUCACCACGGAGGCGCCGCCGUCAGUCCUCUCCAGCAACCAGCAGCUGGACGCCAUGGCGGCCAAGGCAGACGGGGAGAACAGCGGCGGGGGCAGCGGCCAGGACGACGACCGCUGUGAGCCCAAGGAGGGCGCGGUGGUGGUGCCAGCGAAUCGGCGCCCGCGCGGCCGGCCCCCGGGGUCCAAGAACAAGCCGAAGCCGCCCAUCUUCGUCACGCGGGACAGCCCCAACGCGCUGCGCAGCCACGUCAUGGAGGUGGCCGGCGGCGCCGACAUCGCCGAGUCCAUCGCCCACUUCUCCCGCCGCAGGCAGCGCGGCGUCUGCGUGCUCAGCGGCGCCGGAACCGUCGCCGACGUCGCGCUCCGCCAGCCGGCAGCGCCGGGCGCCGUCGUCGCCCUCCGCGGUCGCUUCGAGAUACUCUCCCUCACAGGCACCUUCCUCCCCGGGCCUUCACCGCCGGGCUCCACGGGGCUCACCGUAUACCUCGCCGGCGGGCAGGGGCAGGUGGUCGGGGGCAGCGUCGUGGGCGCGCUCACCGCGGCGGGGCCGGUCAUGGUGAUCGCGUCCACCUUCGCCAAUGCCACGUACGAGCGCCUGCCGCUGGACGAGGCCGAGGAGGAUCACCACCAGGACGCCGCCGGAAGGGGCGGUGUUCACGCUCCGAUGAUGAGCGACCCCUCGGCGGCGAUGCCAAUCUAUGGCGUGCCAGCGAACAUUGGAGGCGGGCCGCUUGGGCAUGCGGCUACGGACGGGAUGCCAUGGCCGCAGGGGCAUGCACGACCGCCAUACUAG